CUGGGCCGACUGUAACCCCACCCUCGUGGUUGCCCCCUUUCUCUCUCUCAGGGCUAGUGACUGUGCGGUCUUAGCAGACCCAGGUCUCACCCUACCUUGGCCGCGACUGCACUCCUCUUGUGACAGAGUGAAGAUUGGAAGGUUAACCAGGCCCAGAGAGAAGUGCUGCAUGGUCCCACUGCCUCGUUGGUGUAUGACCAGAAUACAAGUUCACACUGCUCACGUCUAAAUUCCUUUUCUUCAUCGAUCAGCAUAGUACAUCCUCCUCUCUGUGGCAUUCUCUUCUUUUCUCCCUCAUCAUUCCUUACAUUUAUUCUCCACAUCGUCCAGCUUAAUCCAUGACUUCUGGCCUAUCACCAUGGCGUACAAAUCACGCUUUUCUUUCUGGGAGCAAAAGGUUAAAGUUGAGAACAAACCAAAUUCUGAUGUAGAUAGUAGUCAGCCUCAGGCAGUCACUAAACCCGAUCAAGACACAGGAAGUCGAUCACAGCCAACUGCUGCAUCAGCUGAAGAGUCCAGUCGUAACGUUGCUAUUGGAGGUCCAGACAAUCCAGGGGAGGAGCAGAGCGGCAAAAAGGUGGUGAAGAUCAUGAGGAGAGUUGAUAGACAGGUGGUUCCUCCUGGGAUGGAAGAGCAGAACCGGCCCACGGUUUCUGCUCCUGCUACAGGUUCGGUCCCCAGUAAAGUCAGAGCUAAUGGAGGGGACAAGGAUGAUAUAUCCAUGGGCCUGGCCAGUCUAAUGGGCAGAGGCAGAACCAAAGAACACCGACCACGCACCCGCACCCAAGACCGCAGAGAAGAUGUGAAAGAGGACUUGAAACAGGAAGAGGAGAAAGGAAAGAUGGAGGAAGAGGAGGAAAAAACUACUAUGGAAAAACCAGAAGAAGCAGCUUCUGUGCCCACUGUCGCAGCUCCAAACCCUGCUCCACCAAAGCCUAACGCUCUCACUCCUCCAACUGGUUUCAUCCCUCCACCAAAACCAGACCCUUUGGCCCCGCCUGCUGGUUUCAUUCCUGCUCCCAAACAGAAUCCGUUGUCCCCUCCGCCUGGUUUCAUCCCUGCCAAAAAAUCUAGCCCAGUACCCCCAAAACAUACCGCCUUGGCAAGACCUCCAGGAUUCAUCCCUGUUCCAAAGACGGAUCCCUUGGCUCCUCCUGCAGGGUUCAUCCCAAAGCCCCGUCUUUUUGCUGUGAAGAAAGCGGAGAAGGAGACCUCUGCCCCCACCACGGCCCCUGUUGCACCACCCAGUGCCCACUCUGCAAAAACUGAACAGGUCCCACAGCUGAUUCCCUCUGAGGAAGACCACAGCCGUGUAAAGAGGAUCUUCACUGUCAAUGGCAAUGAUCGUGCCAGAGGCCACAAAUCUUCUCAGUCCAAGCCUAUUGAGGACCCUGUGGCCAUCCUUCAGGCAUCACACUCAGCCGCAACUCAGGGAAAGACCGAGGAGCAGAUAACAGCGGAGAAAGCCUGGUAUAACACAGAGAAAGUAUGGCUUGUCCACAAGGAUGGAUUCUCCUUGGCAACUCUCCUGAAGACAGAGACAGGCAGUCUGCCAGAGGGGAAGGUGAAAAUCCGCCUGGAGAGUGACGGAUCUUUAUUGGAUGUGGAUGAAGACGACGUGGAGAAGGCAAACCCUCCCGCGUUUGACCGAGUGGAGGACCUGGCCUCUCUGCAGUAUUUGAACGAGUCCAGUGUGAUGCACUCUCUGCGGCAGCGAUAUGGCAGUAACCUGGUGCACACCCACGCUGGGCCCAACAUGGUGGUCAUUAACCCCAUUAGUGCCCCUUCAAUGUAUUCUGAGAAGGUGAUGCAAAUGUUUAAAGGCUGCAGAAGGGAGGACACUGCUCCCCACAUUUACAGCAUGGCACAGGCUGCUUAUAGAAACCUCCUGACCACUCGCCAGGAUCAGUCCAUCGUCUUGCUGGGAAAGAGUGGAAGUGGCAAGACCACUAACUGUCAACACAUCAUCCAGUAUCUGAUUACUAUUGCUGGAAGCACCAAUAAAACCUUCUCUACAGAGAAAUGGCAGGCGGUCUAUUCCAUUUUGGAGGCUUUUGGGAAUGCCUCCACCUGUAUGAAUGGGAAUGCUAGUCGCUUCUCACAUAUUGUUUCCAUGGACUUCGACCAGGCGGGCCUGGUGACCUCUGCUUCUAUCCAGACUAUGCUUCUGGAGAAGAUGAGGGUGACAAGAAGACCAGAGGGAGAGUCCACUUUUAAUGUCUUUUACUACCUGAUGGCUGGAGUAGAUAGCUCUUUGAGAACUGAGCUGCACCUUAACCACUUUGCUGAAAACAAUGCAUUUGGAAUCAUGCCACAGAGUAAGGCUGAGGAUAAGCAACGGGCCUCGCAACAGUUUUCCAAGCUACAAGCAGCCAUGAAGGUUCUGGGUAUCAGUGCUGAUGAGCAGAGGGCCCUCUGGCUAGUCCUUGGGGCCAUCUACCAUCUCGGGUCUGCGGGAGCUACCAAGGCUGGCAGGAAACAAUUUGCACGUCAUGAGUGGGCCCAGAAGGCAGCCUACCUGCUGGGCUGCACCCUGGAGGAACUCUCCUCCUCCAUCUUCAAGCACCAGGCCAAGGGCACCCUGCCCAGAGCCAGCACCAUUCGCCAGGCUUCUGAAGAAAAUGGCACAGCAGAUGCAGGAUUCAAAGCUACAGCCAUGGAGUGCUUAGAGGCCAUGGCAUCUGCACUUUACUCUGAACUCUUCACCAUCCUCAUUUCCUUAAUAAACCGGGCCUUGAAAUCCAGCCAGCACUCCCUGUGCUCACUGCUCAUCGUGGACACUCCAGGUUUUCAAAACCCCAGGCUGGCCAAGCGCGACUGCGGCGCAACCUUCGAGGACCUAUACCACAACUACACUCAAGAACGGCUGCAGACUCUCUUCUACCAGCGUACGUUUGUUCAGGAGCUGGAAAGAUACAAAGAGGAGAACAUAGAACUUUCCUUAGACGACACAGAACCCAGCACAUCUCUGUCUGUGGCAGUGGUAGACCAAGCCUCAAGCCAAGCACUGGUACGGACAGUUCGAACAGAUGAAGCACGGGGCCUGUUGUGGUUGAUGGAGGAGGAAGCACUGCAGCCUGGGGGAUCAGACGAAACGCUGUUGGGGCGUCUCUUCAGCUACUAUGGACCUGCUGAGGGCGAGAGUAAAGGUCACACUUUCCUGUUGAAGAGUGAAAAAGAAAAUCACUUCCUGCUGGGUCACAGUCAUGGUACUGAAUGGGUGGAGUAUGAUGUCUGUGGGUGGCUGAACUACGCCAAGCAGAAUCCUGCCUCUACCAACGCUGCAAGCCUCCUGAAGGACUCCCAGAAGAAGAUCAUCAGCUCGUUGUUCAUGAGCCGAGCGGGAGGAGCCACUGUUUUGUCCGGUUCCAUUGCAGGCCUAGAAGGUGCUUCCCAGCUGUCUUUGCGACGGGCUACCAGCAUGAGGAAGACCUUCACCACAGGGGUUGCGGCUAUCAAGAAGAAGUCCUUGUGCAUCCAAAUAAAGCUUCAAGUGGACGCUCUCCUUGACAUGGUGCGGAGGUCCAGGAUUCAUUUUGUUCACUGCAUAUUGCCCAAGGCAGAUGCCCUCAAGGCUCUGAGUGGAUCCAUGUUCAAAGGAGGAGAAUGUGAGGCCCAAGGGGAGAGCGGAGAUCCCAGCUUAAUGCAGCUAGAUGUAGCCUUGCUCCGCGCUCAGAUGCGUGGAUCCAAACUGCUCGAUGCCCUGCGGAUCUACAGGCAAGGUUACCCUGAUCACAUGGUGUUCUCAGAGUUUCGACGACGCUUUGAUGUGCUGGCACCACACCUCGGCAAGAAGCAUGGAAGGAAUUAUAUAGUGAAGGACGAGAAGAGAGCUGUGGAGGAGCUACUGGAGUCUUUGGAUUUAGAGAAGAGCAGCUACCACAUGGGUCUGAGUAGGUUGUUCUUCAGAGCUGGCACCUUGGCUAAGCUGGAGGAACAGAGGGAUGAGCAGACCAAACGCAACCUAACCCUGUUCCAAGCUGCCUGUAGAGGUUACCUGGCACGACAAGCUUUCAAGAAGAGAAAGAUUCAGGAUUUAGCAAUCCGGUGCAUCCAGAAAAACAUCAAGAAGAACCGUGGUGUGAAGGGCUGGCCAUGGUGGAAGCUCUUCACCACAGUCCAGCCCCUCAUUAAGGUCCAACUCACCGAGGAGCAGAUGCAAAGCAAAGACGAGGAGAUACAACAGCAGAAAUUGAAGCUGGAGAGAGUGGAGAAAGAGCGAAACGAGCUGAGACUGAACACAGAUCAACUGGAGAGCAGGAUCACUGAUUUGCUGGCAGAGCUGGCUGAUGAGAGAAGCACCAGUGAGUCAGCAUCCCAGUUGCUGGAGACUGAGACUUCAGAGAGACUCCGACUGGAGAAGGAAAUGAAGGAUCUGCAGGUUAAAUUUGAUGCCAUGAAAAAACAAUUAGAAUCACAGGAGAUGGAGGUGAUGGAAGCACGCCUCAUGAAAACAUCAGAGCUCAAUGGGGAGAUGGACGAUGAUGACGAUGCUGGAGGUGAGUGGCGGAUAAAAUACAAUCGAGCCAUUCGUGAAAUGGAGUUCACAAAAAAGAAACUCCAGCAGGAGUUCGAUGACAAGCUGGAGACAGAGCAGCAAAGCAAACGACAUAUUGAGAGAAAGCUGGCUGAUUUGCAAACAGAUAAUGAGGAUGUGCAGCACUCUGUGCAGCAGCUGAAGAAGAAGUGUCAGAAAUUGACUGCCGAGCUGCAGGACACCAAGCUUCACCUGGAGGGCCUACAGAGCCGCAACCACGAUCUGGAAAAGAAACAGAGGAAAUUUGACCUGGAGCAGAACCAGGCUCAGGCAGAGGUACAAAGAGAAAAGAUCCAAAAGGAGAAGCUGGCACGAGACAAAGACCUAAUGACUGGUGAGAUGUUUAACCUCCGCCAGCAGCUGCAGGACAAGGACACUGAUUUGUGUGCCAUGAGUGUGAAGGUGCAGCAGCUGGAAGCAGAGCUACAGGAUCUGUCCUCUCAGGAGUCCAAAGAUGAGGCCUCGCUGGCCAAGGUCAAGAAGCAGCUUCGCGACCUCGAGGCCAAGGUGAAAGACCAGGAGGAGGAGCUGGACGAGCAGGCCGGAACCAUCCAAAUGCUGGAACAGGCUAAGCUGCGGCUUGAGAUGGAGAUGGAGAGGCAGCGGCAGACCCACUCCAAAGAGAUCGAGAGUAAGGAUGAAGAGGUCGAGGAGAUCAGGCACUCCUGUAGUAAGAAGCUGAAACAGAUGGAGGUGCAGCUGGAGGAGGAGUAUGAGGACAAGCAAAAAGUUUUGCGUGAGAAACGAGAGCUGGAGUCCAAACUGCUGAAUGCUCAGGACCAGGUGAGCCAGAGGGAUGUGGAGACAGAGAAGAGGCUGAAGAAAGACUUGAAGCGAACCAAAGUCCUCCUGGCUGAUGCACAGAUUAUGCUGGACCACCUGAAGAGUAAUGCCCCCAGCAAAAGGGAGAUUGCCCAGCUCAAAAAUCAACUGGAGGAGUCAGAGUUCACUUGUGCAUCAGCAGUGAAAGCACGGAAGGGCAUGGAACUCGAAAUAGAGGACUUGCAUAUCCAAAUGGAGGAUAUAGUCAAAGCUAAGAUGUCGCUGGAGGAGCAAGUCAGCCGUCUGCAGAGAGAGAAGAAUGACUUGCAGUCCCGCAUGGAGGAGGAUCAGGAGGACAUGAAUGAGCUGAUGAAGAAACACAAGGCUGCAGUUUCUCAGUCUGCCCGGGACUUGAGCCAGAUCAGUGACCUGCAGGCCCAGCUGGAAGAAGCCACAAAGGAGAAGCAGGAAAUCCAAGAAAAGCUUCAUUCGCUGCAGAGCCAGUUAGAGUUCCAAGAGCAGUCCAUGGUGGAGAAGUCUCUUGUGAGCCGUCAGGAGGCCAAGAUCCGUGAACUGGAGACCAAGUUGGAGUAUGAGCGGACGCAGAUCAAACGCUUGGAGAGCCUGGUGGGUCGUCUGAAGGAGAAUCUUGAAAAGAUGACAGAGGAAAGAAACCAACGCAUUACUGCAGAAAACAGGGAGAAGGACCAGAAUAAGCGCAUUCAGAGGCAAGUAAGGGACAUGAAAGAAGAAAUGGCUGAGCUGUCCAAGAAGGAGGCCGAGGCAAGCCGCAAGAGGCACGAGCUGGAAAUGGACAUCGAGAGCUUAGAGGCGGCAAAUCAGAGCUUACAAGUGGACCUUAAGCUGGCCUUCAAGAGGAUAGGGGACCUGCAGGCUGCCAUUGAGGAUGAGAUGGAGAGCGAUGACAAUGAUGACUUAAUCAACAGUUUGCAAGACAUGGUGACAAAAUAUCAGAAAAGAAAGAGCAAAACUGGGGAGGAGACAGAAACCGAUUCAGAGGUGGAGGAUCGCGUGGAUGGAGUUAAGUCUUGGCUUUCAAAGAACAAAGGCUCCACCAAGACCCUGUCAGAUGAGGGAAGUCUGAAGAGCGCCAGAUAUGCAGCAAAUGCAGAUGCCAAGGAAAUGAAAGAAGGUAAGGAGAAGAUGAAUGACAACAGUAAAGAUUGGAAAGAGGUAGAGCAGAACAGAUCAGUAUCUGUCAUGAGUUCCCUAAGCUACCGGAAACGCUCCAACCUGAAGGACUCUAUAGGGGGGACAGGCGAUGAGAGCUCCCUGUUUAGCACUCUGAAAGAACAGCCUGAUAUACCAGACCAUGCCUCCAUUCGCAAAGCCAAGUCAAAAUCUGGAGAGCUCCAGGAAGAUCGGAAGAAGAGUCAAGCACAGGAAGACAUAGACGAUAAAGGCUCCGUCAUCUCCCUAGCCUAUUCUGAAGCCACCAGCAGAGCCAGGAAGGGUUUAGAGUCCCGCUGGACUUCCCGCAGCAGCCCCGAAUUUGAUAAAGAGUCCAUAGUGUCCUCUGUGGCACCCAGCAGGAUGUCCACUAGGAGGGGCAUGUUGGACAUGGAUGAUGACAAUAAGUCGACUAUCAGCAGUGUAAGCCGCUCCAGCCCUCGAUCCCUGCAUCGCAGUACCUCCUGGAAAGAUGACAGGCGCAGCAGCUCUCGCUUGUCCCUUGCCCGCAGCUGUGGCCUCAGUGAAUUUGGCCUGCAUUUAGAUGAUGACGAUGACGAGGAUAGUAAGAGUGUGGCGUUCAGUGAAGGGAGAACCUCAUCUUACAGUCCCCACUCCCUUAGUCGCAGCUUUUCUACUCCAGCCCAGCCGCGUUCCUCAGACAGCACUCUGCCAGACACAUCUGACAUUAAAACAGUCACCCACCGCAACUACUUGGACCCUGACUUGGAAGCUGCAAUUAAUGAGGUGCUGAGCUUUAAACCUAUUAAGUUCAAGCGCAGCAAGCUCGAUCAGUCCAGUGGUGAGGAAGAAGAAGACAAGAAGAAGGGACAAGGAAGUGAGGACAGCCGGAAAAAGGGAGACGAUGAGGGGCUGGGGUGCAGCACAUCUAGCCUACGUCGCUCUGCAUCGGGCUCUGCUCUGGAUUAUGGUAACAGGCUGUCCAGCACCCUGAGUACCAGUAGCUCCCGCAGUCGAAAAGACAAAAAAAGUAAAAAAGUCCCAUCAUCGGAUGACUCAUCUUCAUCAUCAGAUGACCAUCACAGCAGAAAGAGCUCAAGAGGGAAGAAGGCCAAGAAAUCCAAGAAGAGAUCCAAGAAAAAAGUGAGUGAGUCCGAAGAUUCCUCUUCCUCCUCAGAGUCAUCUGAGUCCUCUUCCUCCUCCUCGGACUCAACCAUCUCCUACCGCAGCUCCAGCAGUGUUAAAAGGGCCCCAAAACAACCAUCUGAUGAUGAGAAGGAGCUUUUACACAUGAGCAAGAAGGAAACCAAAAAGAAGCAGAAGAAGGUGGAUAAUUUGAUGAUGAAGUACCUCUACAAGCCUGACAGUGAUUGAUAACAUCAGAACAAGCCCUCCUGUGUACCGGAGACACCUGAGUAUUGGCAAAUCUGAUGAAGAGGAUGAGGUGGACAGAAACUCCAGCAGGCAGUCUCUGAGGCAGAGCGACGGUGAAGGCUUAUUGGCAGAGAGCGUGUCGUAACCCACAAUCAGACAGGCUCGUUCUUUCAGUGACACCUUUCUCACAGGAGGGACGCAGUUCUUUCACCCUUAACUUUAUUACCACUUUCCAGCCAUCAAGGACAGGAAAGAACCAAAUAAAGAACACUUUUUGCCAAUAGUUUAGUCUGGACAUUUACUCUAAGCCGUGCACCUAUUCACAUCAUGAAAUGAUUUUUACCUCCAAGGCUGAACCGUGCUUUUUCUGUUAAGUUUUAUUCAACGCCAUUUUGAAUAAGUCAGUCAUACGGAGCAGUAAAGUUGAGCAUUAUCAGGAGAACUUUCUGCUGUAUUUAUAAGAGCUGCUUUUCAGGCAAAUUUAAGCACUCCUCUGACUGUUCAGAUAGCUCUGCCAAGAGGAUUUAGAUAAGCCUCCUCUGGCUGGACUUCUAGAAGGUCUGACCAACUCCUAAGAUUAUUCUUAUCUCUUUUCCAUUAAUGUGGACUUGAGCAGUGGGAGGAAUCAACCCAUUUUAAAUUAAUUAUCCUGCCCUAAGUUUACACGUGGCUCUUGUUCUACGCCGAGAUACCCAUCAUAAGAAUGAAGUGAUGCUAGGUCACGAUUGCUGACAUGAAGGUAAAAUAGUUUAGGAAAAUAAAUUUGAGUUGAGCUGUUUAAGCUUCUUAUGGAUGACCUUCUUUACAUGUUUGUGAUGGAUUUAAAAUUGUACAUAUAUAUAUAUAGUAUGCAUUGAUCUGUGGAAUUAAAGGCUUUACAUGCAAAUGAAAUGAGAUUUUCUAAAGCUAGUGAGAGAAGUAUUAUAAGAUAAAGUUUAUGUUAGAUUUCCACUUUGUUAUCUUUAAGUGGAGUGCAUGCUGGAAUGCUUUUGGUUUGGCGCUUGUGUCGUUUUAUGUCAAGUUGAAUGGGGUUGCAUUUAUUUGCUGGUAUGAAGGAUCUUUUCAUAGCCCUUUCAGAUAUUACAGAUGCGUGAAUUAAUUUUCUGCGUGUGUUUAAGAUGCAUAAACACUGGAUUUCUACCUUUUAUGACAAACUAUAACUAAUUUAAAUGUGUGUUUGGAUAUACUGUAUAAUGAAGACUAUCUUGGUUAUCUUGGUUCAAGCAGUAAAAUGAUAACAUCCUUUUGAAGUACAUGAUGGUCUUACUAUUUCAACGUGCCAAAUAUAAUCUUAUGGGUAAUGUUCUGUAUGUUGAGUAUGUUUUGGGGCUUUUCAAUAAUUAUCAGCUGCAUUAUGCAGAAUACAAACGUGUGAAAAUAUUUAAUCUUUAGCCUUGUAACAGAAUGUUUUGGGAGCAUUUUCCUCAUUUGAUCCUCAUUUCUUUUUACCUAUUUACUGCCAAUAUACUUUGAAAUUAAAGCAGUCUCCUUAUGCAAUUGAAUACAUUUAUGUACAUUCAGAACUGAAGUGGUAAGAACAGAUUGCUCAUUGGCAUGUUGCUGUUCAGACACAAGCUGUAUGAAACUUGCCGGAUAUUUCUAUAUUUAGCCUUACGGGAUAAUAAUGAUAUCCUUAGAUGAUUAUGAUCUAAUGCAUUUUUAACUCCAUUUAAAUGGUGCCUAGGUAGAUUUGAAUAAAGAAUCAUACACUGUAUAUAUCUGCACUGUCUGCUCAUGUGCACAGAAAAAAUUAGUCUCUUUCUUGCUAUUUGCAUAUCUUCUCAGAAAAGGCUAAUCUGCAUUUCAUGUCUUAUUUUUGCAGUACUUCGUCUUUCCUUCAGACAUGAAUAUUAAUGUGGAACACAGGAAACUUUGAUGUCAGUGACUCUGAAUAGACUUGUUAAAUGAGAAUGAAAAGAAAAACACUUUGUAUAUUGUAUUGCCUCCACGUUGGAGUUGCAGGCAUUACAUUUAAUCCUUCAAAAAGUUUUUACACUUCAUCAUAUCUUUUUAAAGGCUUGUCAUUUUCAUUAUUGGAUGGAUUGCCACUCAUCCUAUGAGCUAUUUUGGAUUUUGUUUUAGAGAAUAAAUUAAGCUGUGUGUUUACAG